AUGAUGAAAUUUGUCUUGGUCUUUAUUGUUGCUUGUUGCUCAGCACAAAACAAACCGCUAAUUGGGCGAGAUUUUGCUCAACACUACUCUCGUAUCCGUUUAUUCGAAUAUGACAGUUAUUCAGAUGCGAAAUUUCUUAAAUUUAACAUUAAUGGACCAACAAAAUUAGCCAAUUGGUCAUUGACAAUAGCUACUGAAGGAAAAUGUCCCGAACAGUUCGCUAAUAUACACUUCUAUUUGCAAUAUGGUGCAUAUCCAUUAACUGCACCACGAAAUGAAACAUUUCCACAAGGAUUUAUCACUAGUCGUCAUCAUCUUUUUAAGUUAAUUUUUAAUCAAACACUAAUUAAUCCAUUAAUUCAAAUUAAUAGUCCUUUAAUAGGAACAUGGUUUGCGAUGACAUUUAUCGAUCGUUCGACAUCCACUAUUGGACGAAAAAUUUCUAAUGCAGGAUGUAAUUUUUAUUUAUCAACUUGGCUCGAUUAUGAAGUUAUACCAAUACCCUUGACAUUGACGUUCAAUGAUCCCGUUCAAAUUGUUCUAAACAAUGAUAAACCAUCGAUUUAUGCAUCUUAUUAUACAUCAGUAGGAAAUGCUCGAUUGAUGAUUUUAUCGGAAUGGUCAAGUAAUUGUGAUAUAAAAAUUUUCGCUAAAAUACAUUCACUUCCAAGUGCUUCUUUAUAUGAUUAUAAAACAGCUUGUAAAAGUAAAACAUGUUUGAUAGAACUCGAUCAAUUAUCUGGAUUUUUGUGGGUUUAUUUUGAAAUAACAGUUAGUAAUUUAUCAUGUUUAGUUAAUCCGAUUUAUGGUCAUUUGCUUAUUCGGCCAAUAGAAUGUCUAUCUUCAAACAAUGUGUGCAUUCAAUCUUUUCCAACACGGCGAAUAAUGUUUAAUUAUUAUUAUGACUUUUUAUAUGUACCGAUAUAUACAACAAAUCGAUUAACUAGCAGCAGUACUAGUUCUAUCACUUUCAACGAACAAGCUUUUUCAACAUAUUCAUAUGAAUUUAUUGUUGAUGAUAGAAAUAUUGGUGGAACAUUACAUUUUGAUUUUGAAUCUCGUAUUAUGCCUUUCGUAUCGUUAAAUGCGAAUAUUAGUAUUCUUGGGUGCAUAUCAAAAUUUCGACCACGUUUCUAUGAUACAUGUGAAAACGACUAUCGAAUAGUUAUUGAAAAAAAUUCCAUGGUAAUCCGAUCAAUACCUUACCCUGAAAUGGCUUCUUGGUAUAUAACAUUAAAAUAUGCUUGCAACGGUUUAGUGAAUGAAUGCGCAAAUGCUUCACUGACACUCAUGUCUCAAAUAUCAUCAUCUCAAUGUACAAAACAGCAAUGUGGAACGUAUGGUAUUUGUAGAAUAUUGACAUCACAACAAAAUGUAUUUUCAACUUGUACAUGUCUUGGUGGCUAUCGUGGAUAUGGCUGUACCGAUCGUACUCAUGCUUAUGCAUCGAAAAGUUUAUCGAGUGUCCUUUUUUUGACAAUUAGUAAUUUAAUGUUUUUACCAGCUAUAAUCUUGGCAAUUUAUCGACAUUUAUACAUCGAAGCACUUGUCUAUUUUUUCAAUAUGUUUUUUUCUACGUUUUAUCAUGCAUGCGAUCAAGAUAUGAAUAAAUUUUGCAUAUUUAAAUAUGACGGUUUACAAUUAUCUGAUUUUAUUGGUUCAUAUGCAUCGUUUGUUAUUACAUUAAUAACUAUGGCAAUAGUGCCAAGAUCAACGAAAGUCUUUCUCUUUAUGUUAGGCGUAUUAACAUGCAUUGUUAUUAAUUCACGUGAUCGAUUUGAUCAUUUUCAAUUUAUCUUCUUGAUUAGUAUUACAUUUUUGUUUACAAUCGUAACUUGGGCUAUCGGUUCGAUUAAACAACGUCGUCUACGACCAUCGUCAAAACAUCUUCUAUUUUAUACGCCUGGAUUUCUAUUAGCCUUAGCCGGACUUAUUUUAUUUGCAUUUUGUGAAACAGAUGAAAACUAUUGGUAUACACAUAGUUUAUGGCAUAUAUUUAUUGCGGGUUCAAUACUAUUUUUUCUGCCACACAAAAAAUCUUCAAAACGCCAAGCAACGGCUACUACAUUAGAUGUAAAUAUAAAUAAUGAGAGUCCAUCAAUUGGUACUGAUAAUCCAGCACUGCGACCACCCAUUGACAAUGCUUCUUUAUCAUCGUCGAAUACGGAUUCAUCGAAAAAAUCAACCGACAAUCUUCUUAGUUAA